AUAGGGACACUUCAUUAAAAGUACGACGUGACAAUAGCUAUAUGCUUAUUCAACAGUUUAUUUGUUGAUUUGUUAACCUUAGUAUACAGGAAAUAUAUUUAUUUAGUUUAGUGAAAAGUCAUAUUUAUAAAUUUUGCAUUAUUUGAACUGAGAAAAUUGAAUUGGUCUGAAUAUUUGAAGCCAUAUGUAACAAACAAAUAAGUUUUUUCUGUCAAAAAAAGAAGAAAAAUAAUAUUACAGAUAAUUAAAUAAAAUUUAUCUCUUUCAAUUAAUUCAUACAAUAUGUCAAGAAUUGUAGUUGUAGGUUCCAGCAUGAUUGAUUUUACUACAUAUUCUCCGCGUUUACCGAAAUCUGGGGAAACAAUUAUUGGAUCAAAAUUCGAACAAGGAUUUGGAGGUAAAGGCGCAAAUCAAUGCGUAACUGCGGCAAGACUCGAAGCUACAACAACAUUAGUAACAUCAUUGGGAUCAGACGUAUUAGGUCAACAAUAUAUUGAUAAAUUAAAAUCGGAAGGUAUUGAUGUUACAUACGUAAAAAACAGGAAAAACUCUCACACUGGUGCAGCUCAAAUAACUGUUGCUGACAAUGGGGAUAAUAAUAUUAUAAUAGUGCCAGGAGCGAAUGAACUAUUAACAAAGGAAGACAUUGAUGAAGCAGCUAAUGUAUUAAAACAAUCGUCAGUGUUACUUUGUCAAUUUGAAACUCCAAUCGCUACAACUUUACAUGCAUUGAGACUAAAAAAAAAUAACGGCAUUUCGAUUGUAAAUGCAGCACCUGCAGUUGCAAAUAUUCAUCCUGAAAUUUUUCAACUGGCCGAUGUGUUUUGUGUUAAUGAAUCCGAGGCUGAAUGCAUAACGGGAAUAAAAAAUCUUACAAUUUUAAAUGUUCAAGAAGCCGUUGAUAAACUUUUGGAAAUGGGAUGUAAUACAAUUAUAAUAACCUUCGGCUCAUGUGGAGCCAUUUUUGCUUCCAGAGAUAAUAAUAAAAUUAAUUGCAUUCCAACUGAUAAAGUUAAGUCUGUCGAUACUACCGGCGCGGGAGAUGCAUUUUUAGGGGCUUUUGCUUAUUUCACAGCUUAUCACCCAAAUUUAUCGAUAGAGGAAAAAAUUAAAAGAUCCUGUACAAUUGCAACACAAUCCGUCUUAAAGACUGGAACUCAGACGAGUUUUCCACGAAAGAAGGAUCUUCCAAUGGAUUUAUUUUCAUGACUUUCUAAGAAUUCUUGUCACAAUAUGUUGACAUUAUAAAUAUAUGGGUGAUUCUCACAGAACAUUA